AUGGCGAGGUGGUGGGUCAAGUCAAUUAAGAAGUUGGAGAGGAGGGCAAGUGAGGGAAUGGGACCAGGAGAUGAUGGUACGGUAGAGGGAAGAGAGGGCGUGGAUGAGGGUGGUGAUAGAGUUGUUGUAGGAAAGGUGGCAGAUGUGCUCAAUGCCAGGGGCGAGGGUGGAGAAGGAGAAGGGGAGGACGAGGGGGGAGGUGGAGGGGUAGCGGUCCUGGAGUUGGCUGGAAAUGUGGCGAGGGAUAACAAGAAGAAUAGGAUCAUUCCGAGGCACAUCCAACUUACCGUCGGAAACAAUAAGGAAAUGAGCAAGCUCUUGAGAACUGUCACGAUUGCCAGCUACAGUGUUCUGCCUAUUAUCCAUCAAACCCUCUUGCCCACUAAGGCUGGGAAGGAGAAAGGAGACAAUGGAUCUGCGUCACAAGAGUUUUAA